UAUCAUAUAGUAAUGUCUAGUGGUAUUGGCAAUAGAUUGGUGGCCCCAAAGGCCACCCGUGUAAAGAACAAGUCGGCAGCACCUGUUCAGAUCACGGCCGAGCAGAUUAUGCGUGUUGCAUUGGAGAAUCAACAGGCAUUGCCAAAGGCACCAAGACAGAAUAUAACAGAUGCCGACGAGUUGCAUUCAUACCGAACAAAGAAGCGCAAGGAGUACGAGGAGACACUGAUUCGUAAUCAUCGCAUGGUGUCUAUCUGGAUGAAGUACGCGCACUGGGAGGAGUCGCAGAAGGAGUUUGACCGCGCACGCUCCAUCUACGAACGCACACUGGACGGUCACUACAAGAACGUCGUCGUCUGGAAGAACUACGCAGAGAUGGAGAUGCGCAACAAGUUUGUCAAUCACGCGCGCAACGUGUGGGACCGCGCCGUCUGUCUGAUGCCGCGUGUCAGCGAGCUCUGGUACAAGUACUCAUUCAUGGAGGACAUGCUCGGCAACUCAGCCGGCACGCGUGCCAUCUUUGAGCGCUGGAUGCAAUGGAAGCCUGAGGAGCAGGCGUGGAACGCCUACGUCAACUUUGAGAAGCGUCUCAAUCUGCCACAGAAUGCACGCGCCAUCUUUGAGCGCUACGUGCUCUGCCAUCCAUAUCCCAAGACUUGGAUCAAGUACGCCAGGUUCGAGGAGAAGCUUGGCAACAUUGACAACUGUCGCGCGGUCUUUUCGCGUGCCGUCGAUUUCCUUGGUGACGAAGGCGCCGACGAGACACUGUUCAUAGCCUUUGCCAAGUUUGAGGAGCGAUUCAAGGAGAUUGAGCGUGCAAGAGUCAUCUACAAGUACGCGCUGGACCAUCUGCCCAAGUCAAAAGCACAAGAGCUGUUUGAGAGGUUCACGACAUUCGAGAAGCAACACGGCGACAGGAUCGGCCUGGAGGACGUCAUCCUCAGCGAGCGCAGGUUCAAGUACGAGGAGGACAUCAAGAAGGACCCGAGGAACUACGACAACUGGUUCGACUACACACGACUCGAGGAGACUAGCGGACAGAUCGACCGCACACGAGAGAUAUACGAGCGAGCGAUUAGCAAUGUUCCACCAGUGUUGGAGAAGAGAUACUGGCGACGAUAUAUGUACCUGUGGAUCAACUAUGCGCUGUUUGAGGAGCUUGUAGCCGAGGAUGUAGACCGCGCUCGUCAGGUCUACCAGGCGAUGAUCAAGCUCAUUCCCCAUCAGAAGUUCUCAUUCUCCAAGAUAUGGAUCAUGUAUGCUCAGUUUGAGAUCAGACAGAUGGCGUUGGAUCAGGCGCGACUUAUCUUUGGCAAUGCGAUCGGACGAUCACCCAAGCCCAAGGUGUUUGACGCAUACAUCAAGCUGGAGCUGGAGCUCGGCAACUUUGACCGCGUCAGGAAACUGUACGAGCGAUACCUCGAGCUGUUCCCCGACUUUUGCGAUGCCUGGAGCAAGUUUGCGCAGCUCGAGCAGGAGCUGGGCGAGUCGAAGCGUGCGCGUGGCAUCUUUGAGAUCGCCAUCCUUCAGCCUAACCUGGAUCAGCCCGAGCUGAUAUGGAAGAACUACAUCGACUUUGAGAUCGACAGGAAUGACUUUGACAAUGCGCGUGCACUUUACCGUCGUCUGCUGGAACGCACCAAUCACGUCAAGGUCUGGAUCAGCUUUGCACAGUUUGAAGUGUCGGUGCAGAACAACGAUGCUGCCAGACAGGUGUUUGUCGAUGCCAACAAGGCAUUGGUGGGCAGUGACAAGGAGGAAAGAAUCAUUCUACUCAAGCAAUGGAAGCAGUUUGAGCAGAAGCAUGGRAAGCAAAGAGCAACUGGAAUUUGUCGUCAAGAAGGAGCCAAAGACCGUCAUCAAGAGGAAGUCACAGACGGAUGCAGGAUUGGAAGAGUAUUAUGA